CCCCGAGCACCGAGCGGCAGGGUGGCACGGGACGGGACAGGGCAGAAAAGAACGGGUCGGGCUCCGCUGGGUGCUCUGAAGGAAUGGCCGCGGCUCGUCUGGCAGCGCUGCCCCGGCACGGGCUGCGGCUCCUGCUCCGAGCGGGCGGGCGGCGCGGAGCCCCGGGCAGUGCCCUGCACACAAGGAUGCCCUCCGUGUCUCACAAGGUGACCAACAGCUACAUCCAGGGGGCUUCAGACGUUCCYCUUUUGGACAAAACCGUGGGUCAGUGCCUGGAGGACACUGUGGAGCGCUUUCCCGACCGUGAGGCUUUGGUUUUCUGCAGGGAUGGGGUUCGGAAGACGUUUGCUCAGUUCAGAGAGGAGGUGGACCAAGCAGCAGCUGGACUGCUGGCCCUUGGCCUGAGGAAGGGAGACCGGCUGGGCAUGUGGGGACCCAAUAAAUACGAGUGGGCUCUCAUGCAGUUUGCAACUGCCCAGGCAGGAAUCAUCCUGGUCUCUGUGAAUCCAGCCUACCAGGCCUCUGAGCUGGAGUUUGUGCUCAGGAAGGUUGGCUGUAAGGCACUGGUGUUCCCCACUCAGUUUAAAACACAGAAAUACUAUGAUAUUCUAAAGCAGUCAUGCCCYGAGCUAGAAAAAUCCAGUCCAGGGGGAAUAAAGAGCCAAAGGCUSCCUGACUUGUCCAUUGUCAUCGUGUGUGACUCGAAGCUGCCUGGCACCUUCCACAUGGAUGAGGUGAUGCAGGCUGGGGACAGCAGCCACGUGAAGCAGCUCAGGGCUGUGCAGCAGACCCUGUCCUGCAAUGAGCCCAUCAACAUCCAGUUCACCUCAGGGACAACGGGAAGCCCCAAAGGAGCCACCCUUUCCCACAGGAACAUUGUGAAUAAUGCCCAUUUGAUUGGUUUGAGGCUGAGCCUCACAGGUGAGGAGAAYCGCUGGGCUCUGCCUGCACCCCUGUACCACUGCCUGGCGUCGGUGGGAGGCUGCAUGAUGAUGGCUCGCUACGGCAUCUCCUGCAUCUUCCCGUCGCCCGGCUUCGAGGGCAAGGCUGUGCUGGAGGCUGUGGCUCGAGAGAAAUGCUCCCACGUGCUCGGCACGCCCACCAUGUUCAUAGACAUGCUCUCCCAGCCAGACUUUGACUCCUAUGACCUGUCSUCUCUCCGGGGAGGAAUGGUUGGAGGUUCUCCUGUUCCCCCUGAGAUCAUGAAGGCAAUUAUGAGCAAGAUGCACAUAUCAGAGCUGGUGGUUGGCUAUGGGACCACAGAGAACAGCCCUGUCACCUUCAUGGCAUUCCCCAACGACAGCCUCGAGCGCAAAACCGAGACAGUGGGGUACAUCUUCCCCCACACAGAGGCAAAAAUUGAGGAUCCAGAAACGGGGCAGCCUGUGCCUCUGAACACUCCUGGGGAGCUCCUGAUCCGUGGCUAUUGUGUCAUGCUGGGCUACUGGAAUGACCCUGCCAAGACAAGUGAAGUGAUCACUGCUGAGAGGUGGUACAAGACAGGGGACCUGGCGAGCCUGGAUGAGCAYGGCUACUGCAAAAUUAUAGGGCGUUGCAAGGACAUGAUCAUUCGGGGAGGAGAGAACAUCUACCCUGUAGAGAUUGAGCAGUUCCUCCACACCCACCCCAAGGUGGAGGAGGCCCAGGUGGUUGGUGUGAAGGAUUCGAGGAUGGGAGAAGAGGUCUGUGCCUGCAUCCGACUGAGAGCUGGGCAGRACUGCACCGCAGAAGAGAUUAAAUCUUUCUGUAAAGGAAAGAUCUCCCAUUUCAAGAUCCCACGUUACGUUGUGUUUGUGAGCCAGUACCCACUCACUGUCUCAGGCAAGAUUCAGAAAUACAAGUUGAGGGAGCAGAUGGAGAAGCACCUUCAGCUCUGAGACUGAGAAGGCAGAACAAAAACCAGGAUAAACCAGCCCCAUUUCGAUCAACUCUGAGUCUGCCUUUCACCUGUGCCUUGGGCUAAGCAACAGAGACUUUCCUUCCCUCCCUGACACCAGGCUGAUGGCACUUUAGUCAAUAAAACAGAGCGCCUUUUUUUCCCA